UCUCUGCUGCAGGUGAAGAACGUGACGGACGGGGCCAGCGCCCAGGACGAGACGGCCACUCUGGCCUACUCAGAGAAACCCACGAGCCCCAUCACUGCACCCCCCUACAGCCCCCCCUCCUACAGCCCCCCCCCGAAUGGCUUCUACCCCUCGGGCACCUACAGCACCCGUGGGGACCCCCCGGAGCAGGAGCCGAGCCCCGUGGAGGGGAAGGGGCGGGAGCAGCCCCCCAACCCCAAGCCCCCCGCGCGCCGCGGGCGCCGGCGCCGCCGGAACCCGGAGCUGGACGAGUCCCAGUACGAGACCGAUUACACCACGGCCGUGGAGUCCGGGGACGAGCGGGACCCUGACCAGUGGGCCAGCCUGUACCCCCCGAUCUCCUCGGACGCGACGCGGCAGAGGUACAAGCAGGAGUUCGACUCGGACCUGAGGCGCUACAAGGAGCUCUGUGCCCACAUGGACGCCGUCAACGACCGCCUGGGCCAGCUCGGGAAGCAGCUGGACAGUGUCCCCGAGGACAGCCCCCAGUACCAGGAUCUGGCCGAGGAGUACAACAGGCUCAAGGACCAGAAGAGGAGCCCCGACUACCAGAGCAAGAAGCUGGAGACCAAAACC